AUGGAAAGCCUACCCACACCGCCGAACGAGGAGCACCUCAAAACGCAGCCCCCAAAGAGAACACACUCCAACUCCAAGGUCGUCAAGCCAGUACAUCGCAGCGGCGGCUCAAAACGCACCAGUGCACAUGGUCACCCUCAGUCACCCUCAAUAGACGGCCACAGCCACAGCCAUUCAGUUGGCGAUGGGAGACACAAGAGAGUGUGGAAGGCCUGCGAGAGGUGUAGAAUGAAGAAGACCAAGUGUGAUGGAGAAUUCCCCUGCAAGAGGUGUAAGGACGACGGCCUAGUAUGUACUGCCGGAACCAGGAAGAAGACCGAGUACAAGCAAUUACCCAGAGGGUACGCCGAGGUGUUGGAAAACACCCAGUUUGCUCUCAUUGCUACUGUCCACAAGCUUUAUGCCAUGGUACGGAACGGGCAACAAUGGGACCUCGGUGAGCCGGAGCUCAACGACCGUGGCCAACCGGUCAUUCACAACAUUGCCUCCAAGCUCGGCUGCAUCCGACCCAACAGCGAUAUGGACCUCCCCGUACAUUCCAUCUUCCCUGAGGACGAGGCAGGUCUCGCCGAGCUCGCUAGACAGCUGGAAGAGCAACAGAAGGCCAACGCUGCGAACAACGGCAACAACAAGCAGGACGGCGACUCAAGUAGAACCGACCGUGCCAGCUCAUCAGAAGCCGACCACUCGGACUUCGAAGACUACCGCAAGACCUUCAACAACGGCACCGCCCUCACCAUGUCUCCUGCGAGCCUCAGCUACGGUGAUUUCGACCUUGCCACAGCUACCCCUACCGAUUCGUUCCCCAGCCAGUCUCCCGUCGUGCCGCCUACCACCUUCCCGACGACAUGGCUCAGCCGCCCGACCUCGAUGGACUUCACUGCCCCGGAUAACCUGUCGUAUCUCAGCAUGGAUAUGUUGAACCAGGGCCUUUAUGAGUCUAACUUUGGCACCAUCAAGCCCCACGUCCUGUCGUGUCCUAACCCCGAGGUCAUGAUGGGCAUGGGUGAUCCGAUGAUGUACUCGGGCUACGACGCUGACUUGCGAAUGUAA